AUGACGACUGUUGUUAGUACAUCCAAUCCUGACGUCAAUGCUCCAACAAGUUAUGUUUCACGCUGGAUUGCUCAAAGUCAUGGUAAAUAUCAAAAGAGAGCUAACGAGUAUUUUUCUGCCACUUAUGACUAUCGAACUAAAACAACAACUGGCUCAACAACCACCAUAUCAAUCAUUAAGAUUCCAGCCAGAGCCAGUCCACAUUCUCAUAUGACCACAUGGGAAGCCCAAGCGAAGACACGGUCGGAUGGUACAACAAUAAUUCCUGCGAGUUCAGAUUUAUCAUUUCCUGCAUACGUUAUUCAGAAUCACAACAUCAAUAAUAAUAAUAACAACAACAACAACAACAAUGAUCUACAAGAGAAACUAAAUCGAGUUCGAGCUUUACUUGAUGCGAAAAAACAACGUUCAUAUCGUCAUGUGUCGUCCGCUGCAUCACCUUCACUUCUGCCAACGAUUGUUCCUCUAAAUGCUCCUUCUUUAUCGGAUCAAGUGCAUCAAACAACAUCACUAGUAGGAGAUCAUUCAUCAUCAUCUCCUCCUCUUUCUUCGCCCGUAGCACUUGAGAAUGCUUAUCAUUCGCACGACGAAUGUUUAUCUUCGUCGUCCAAUUUGAAUAGUUAUCUUUUUAAUUCAUCUCCGAAUUAUCUCAAUGCACCGUUGAUUUUGCCCAGUCUUGUCGAAGAAUCACCAAGUGAUUCGGGUCUAAGUGAUGGAACAAAAACGACGCAUCAUGAUGAUCCGCAUGAAUUAUCCAGUAAAAAUCCUGCGAUUAUCGAUUUAAGUAAGCCUUUAAGUAAGGAGGAAAUGCUUGCUAUUAUGCAAAUUCUACGAGAAUUAUGGAGAAAACAAUUUGAUUGUGAAAUGCCUGAUGUUGCCAUGAAGCCACCGCUAAUCACGUCAUUCAAAAGAAUAGGUGAAACAACAUCGAGUAAAAUACAGUAUCAAUCGGCGCCUGUUCUCAAUAAAUUAAACGCUGAACUAAAUGAUAUUAAAGACAAAAUAAAGAGAUUCUCAAAAGAACGUCAACAGAAAACCACGAAAUUAAGUGAAUCUGAAAAUAGUCAUUUGGACGCGGACGAGCAUCCGUGUUUUGAAGAUCCAGUCUUCGUGCCUAUUGGUGCACCGUUGUCGUCGAAGGAUUUAGAAAGAAUGCAAGCGAAGAGGGAAGCGUUGCUUCGUCGGCAAACUCAACGUCAUGAAAAACUUUUAAGCAAACGAACUGAACGACAAGCUGAAGCGGCUGAAAACUUCGACGAGUAUCGUUUGUUUGAAGAAUAUCUUGCACAACGACGACAAGAAGAUGAGCAACGCCGGUCAAACAUUUUGCAAGCUCAUCUCGAACAAAAACGAGCUGAAGCGGAUCCUCCAUCAUCAAACGAUUAUUACUUUGCUGCAGCUCGAACUCGUAAUCGGUUAAAACGUAAAUCAUCGAUAACGUCGUUCCUGUCAUUGGAUGAUGAUCUCAGUUGUACGGGUUCGUUAAGUUAUCCACUGAAACCGAGAAGUAAUUCAACACGUUUCGAACCUAUGUCGCCAAGUAUAACAGCACCGACAACGGCGUCAAAAUCCAAGAUGAAUCGAGCAGCAAGUAUUUCGAGUAUCAAUGGAGUUUACGAUUCGUCACCCUCACUAAACACUAAAUCCAUUCUACCGCGAAGUCUAUUUGGUGGAAGUUUGAUGAAUCUUUCAAAAUUGCACACACCGAAGAAACGGGCGAUAAAUAUUAUGGAUGAUUCAUGUUGUGAAUCACUGACAUCGUUAGCUACUUCAGCAACGAGUGCACGUCUUACACGAAGUCAAACAUUAUUAACAACCAAAUCGAACAAACAUGCUAUUAUCAAUUCUUUGAAACAAGUUGCUCUAGCCGGACCCGCUAAUGAACGGCAACGUGAAAUAAUGAUUCGAGAAAUUGAAGCAAGUGAAGCUCGACAUUUUGUCCUUCUCUUUCGUGAUCAUCGUCUACAAUUUCGUGCGGUUUAUAUGUAUAUAGCAGAAACCGAUAUGAUUGAAAAACUGCAUGGUAUUGGUCCGAAUAUCAUAACCGAAGUGAUGGUCGACAAAUGGUUUAAAUACAAUUCUGGCGGUAAACGUUUUACAAAUAUUCCCAUAAAACAUUUCUCAAUUCAAUGUGAUGCUGUGAUUAUUCAUAAUGAAUUUUGGCAGAAAAAACUGCAGAUGAACAAGUUACAUUAA